UGUCAGCCUCCCGCUUGCCGUACUCGGCCCCGCCAUUGUUUGGUAGAUCUUGUUGCUAAGCGGGGGUUUGUCUGGAUGUCCGGUCUGCACAAACAGCAGAAAGAAACUUCUAACUUUUCUGUGGACUUUUAGGAAUUUUUUCAGCGGCAUAGAAAGCACGAAAGAGGGCAGACGUCAUUGCAAGACUACAAGAUGAAGUCAGACUACUGCAGCAUCAUCUUUGCCAGAAUGAAGUGGCCCAGGGCUUAAGAGAAGCUUGUUCUAUGACUGCACCAUCACAGAUUCGCUACAAGCCGAGAGAAGCUCCGCAUCUGCAUCUCUAGGAUGUACAAAGACUACAGAUCAAGCAGAGUCAAAGGACUCAACACUUUGCCCUUUGAUCCAGCAGCCAGCAACGACUGUCUCCAGUUCAGCAGUUCCAGCGGGCCUCUGGUGACUGAGUGUCCGCCUCUGGAAACCACUGCUGACACGAGCAAGAAAAGGAAGAGAGCCAGUCUGCCUCCAGAAGGGAUCUGUAACAUGACAAUGGACUCCAACGCAAUGACCAUGCCCCUGUCAGACCCCAACGCCUGGGCGACAGCCAUGAACAACCUGGGGAUGCCUCCUAUUGGUAUGACUGGGCAGCCACUGAUGCCAGAUUUUGACCCCAACCUCGGUAUGAUGGCUGGAAUUACCCCCAUGAACCCCCUGAUGCCCAGCCUUGGCAUGGUGCCUGCACCACUCUCCCAGGAUGUACCAGUUGUUAAGGAGAUCAUCCACUGCCAGAGCUGCACCCUGUUCCCCCCCAACCCCAACCUUCCCCCUCCAGCCACAAGAGACCGCCCUCCAGGGUGUAAAACGGUGUUUGUCGGUGGUCUGCCAGAAAACGCCACUGAGCAGCUCAUCAUGGAGGUCUUCGGACAGUGCGGUGACAUCACUGCCAUACGCAAAAGCAAGAAGAACUUCUGCCACAUCAGAUUUGCAGAAGAGUUCACUGUGGACAAAGCUCUUUUCUUGUCUGGUUACCGUAUUCGUUUGGGCUCCAGCACAGACAAAAAAGACACUGGUCGUCUCCAUGUGGACUUCGCUCAGGCCAGAGACGACUUGUAUGAGUGGGAAUGUCGCCAACGCAUGUUGGCCAGAGAGGAGAGGCACCGGCGCAAAAUGGAGGAGGAUCGCCUCCGGCCACCCUCUCCUCCUCCUAUCGUCCACUACUCCGAGCACGAGUGCAGCCAGCUGGGAGACAAGAUAAAAGAUGACGGCAAGUUUGCUGAAGCAGUGCGUGUGCUCUUGACCUGGCUGGAACGCGGUGAAGUCAACCGCAGGAACGCCAACAACUUCUACUCUAUGAUCCAGUCCUCAAACAGCCACAUCCGUCGGCUGAUGAGCGAGAAGAGUCAGCACGAAAAAGAGAUGGAAGAGGCCAAAGAAAAGUUCAAGACUGCUCUGGCUGGCAUACUGGCUCAAUUUGAACAGAUUGUGUCUGUAUUCCAAGCUGCUUCCAAACAAAAGGCAUGGGACCAUUUCUCCAAAGCUCAGCGCAAGAACCUGGACAUGUGGCGUAAACAAGCAGAGGAGAUUAGAAACAUGCACAAUGAGCAGCUGAUGGGCAUCAGGCGAGAGGAGGAGAUGGAGAUGUCUGACGAUGACAUGGAGGAUGCCCCUGACAGCAAGGACUCGGAGGACCCAGGUGUUUCCCAAGCAGAAGCCUUAAAGGAGGAGAACGACUCUCUGCGCUGCCAGUUGGACGCCUACAGGAACGAGGUGGAGCUGCUCAAACAGGAACAGGGCAAAAACCAACCAGUCCGAUGUGAGGAGGACAACGCGCAUUCUCUGCAGCUCGGCUUCCUACAGCAGGCUCUGCACGGCAUGCAGAAGCAACUGUUAAAAAUGAGGGAAGAAUUAAAGCAGCGGGAGGCAGAGCUGGAGAAGAGUUUGGAGGACAGGCAGCAGCUGAAGAACCAAGUCCAAACCCUGAAGGAAGGUCUCCAUAACCUGCAGAACACUGGUGUGAUGCAGCUGGAAAUGUCAAAGCAAGAUGACAAAGGCAGCGAGGAGAGCGCUAAUCAAACCAGUGUAAGUGGAAAAAGGUUAAGCCCUCCCCACUCUUCUCUAUAUUGUUCUGUCCUCAUCGUCUCUUCUCCCUCCUCCUCCUCCUCCUCCACAGACAAUCAUUUCUUCUUAGUGAAAACAGUGGUGUCGUGCAGUCAGGAGAAGGAGGGUCCUACAGAGAAGAAUCCACCUAGUCCCGUCCACUCCGAGAGAGAAGCUCUGCUAGUUGGGAUCAUUUCAACGUUCCUGCAUGUCCACCCAUUUGGGGCUAGCAUCGAGUACAUCUGCUCCUACCUCCAGCGUUUGGACACCAAGAUUAACCCAGGUGAAGUCGAGGCUCUUCUCUCUCGGUUGCCCUGCACCUUCAGACAGGAGCUGACCGGUGUCGGAGCAAGUCUGGAGAAACGCUGGAACUUCUGCGGCUUCCAGGGCAUCAAGAGCACAUAGAAUCUGCUGGUGACACUUCUGCGAUGUGGCAGAGAUGACAAACAGACAAAGCAACGCAGACACUGUAGAGAUGUGAAGGAAACAGUAUAAAGCCCACAAAUAUCAAAGUUGCCCGAUUGUACCUGACUGUACAAGGACACAGAAGACUGAGUCUCGGAUCAGAAGGAAUGUUACAUGAGCGUUUCAGGGACACUUUGUAGUCGGUAGCGAUGUAAAAUCACAGCAUUUCCAUGGUUACAUGAAUGUUGACACCAAACCACGGUGAAGUCUUCAUGAGGUUGAACUCUGUUUCUCAGUGUCUCUAUAACACGAUUUAGACAUAACGGCUGUCUGGGAGACACAGAGGAGCACUGGUUUCUGCAGUCACUGGAUUAUUAUAUAGUUGUCACUCACAUGGGCAGGGCAUUUGUUGGCUCUGUGUGCUGUAAGUGUUGGCCAGGACUACAGGGCACACCAGGGAGGCUUACCAGGGUCUAACUGAACACUUCAAAACUCUUGAGAACCUUUUGGCCUCCAUGAAUUCUGUUUUUGCUGUUUCUGGUUUGUAACAUAUAUCAAAAUGAAUAUAUUUCUUCAUUUUCUGUAAAGGCUGUUAACAGUUACAUAGAAUCAUUUGUUGUAAUACACUGUAAAUGCUUGAAUGAUAUUUUUGAUUAUAAAAAGACAUUUGAGUA